ACAGUUUUGGGUAUUUCAUUUUUAAUUUUACAAAAGCUUAAAGUGCAGUUAAUUAUUUGUCAUGCUGUACGUGUAAAUAGACGACUGCAGAUACAAAUUCUCCAGCAACAGGCCUCCUGUGUACUUUCAUUCGACAACAUUUCGUUCAUGCCACUGCGACAAACUCUGAGGUACUGGAUGAGCGCACGAAGUAAAGUCUAGUGGGAGAGAGUUGUUUUAAUGGAAUUUGAUGACACCGAAUAGAAAGAGAAUUUUUGUGUACGUGUCCUGUCGCAAAAUGCGGUGAAAACUCCCACACGACGUUAAUAAUGUGAUUAAGGUGUGUACAUGCCUAUAGUUGAGCUUGUAUGUAGGUCAAGUCCAAGUAAAAAAAAAACAUUAUAUUUAGUAAUACUGAAAUGUAAGUAAAUAGAAUAAAACAGUGGCUGUAGGUGUCAUGUGUUUAUCGCUACCUCAGCUAACAUUUGUAUUUGUUUGCCAGACACAAUCAUUGUAACUGGUGGAAGCAUGGGGAAUUUUUUGAUGCGCAGUCCAUCUAUUCAUUAUUAAAUUAUGUCCCUGAUAGUGCAACAAUAAAACACUGGAUUCUGCUUUGAAAAAUGGAAUUGAAGUUGGCUCCAAAUGGCCUUGACUUUCACCGUGUAGGCUGGAGACUUUGAAGAGAGUAGGGCAUAGCUGUGAUGAUCAAUUCAGAAAGACCAGAGUCAAAACACAAAGCAUGUACUUCUUGGAAUGUUUGUAGAUCAAUAACAUCCGAUAAAUAAUGAACAGUUUUUAAUUAGUUUGAUCUAAUGUUACCCAAAACUCGAGAUGACAAUGUAGAAAACUUAUAAUUUGAGCAAAUUUUUUUUCUCUUGCCUUCUGUACUGUGAAAAAUAUGAAUAGAAGACUAAGCAGAAAUAAUAACUUGGUUAGUUAGAAAUAGUCAUCAUUCAGAGCAUUUGCUUUAUUAAAUAUGAUGGUGUAAUGAUUUUGUUUUUAAUCUUGACAAAUGUGAAAACUAAUGAAUUUCAUGUUUGCUGAAUACAUACAUUGAAAAUAAAACCUAAUGUGAUCAUCUCGGAUAGCGCCAGUAUUAGUCAGCUCAAAUACUUGCAAUGCGAUUAGUUGACUGUGUAAUAUUUGUGACAGGCCUUCUUAUUGCUGAUCAGAGAGAUUCCUGAUUCAGAGUAGAUAAUAUAUGGAUUGAGGAAUUGAGGACAGAACCAAAUAUAUUUCAUGAAGUUUCCUAUUUUUUUUCUUUAUAUACAUCACAAUAAUUGGACAACCGCCCUGCGAUGGACUGGCACCCUGUCCAGGGUGUACCCUGCCUUGUGACCGAUGCUCUCUGGGAUAGGCUCCAGGUUCCCCGUGACCCUGAAAAGGAAUUUACAGGAAUGGCUGCACUUUCUGAGCUCCAGAUGAGGUUCUGGAUGGAUAAAGCGGUGCAGUGGGGCCAGGCUACAUCUCCCGCUGCACAGCAGGAUAUAAGCAAACACAUGCGGUCUUUAGAGACCUUCCUCCAGCAGCUUGUACACACACUUCAGACAACGAACUGUACCACUGAGGCCAUGAAGAACUUUCCUUUUGUGGGCCAGUUCCUGGGAAGACUUUGUUGGAACCCAUAUGUUACUGCGGAUGGAGCAGGCAGGAGGCUCCUGCUUCAGUGCAUGUGGCUUCUAUAUACUGCAGAGCCUCAGAAUUUAGUGGAGCAGCGGGCCAACGAGUGGAUACGGAAUUUGCUGUGCCAUCUAACUUCAGAAGAUGAGUGCAGUAUGGUGCAUGCUCUGGAGAAACAUGCUGGCUUCCCACCUCAGCAGUAUUAUUCAGGGAGUCUUAAAAAGAUGGUGGCAUUACUGACCGAGGAGGUCAAUAUUAGUCAUAUCACUUCAGCAGCCUCUUUAGAAAGGUGCAGAUUUGACAGCAUCCAUUCUUUAUUAGUAGCUUGUGUCCCCUUGGUCACAUGUCCUGAGGUAGGACCUCUUAUUGGUGCACUGCUAAAACAUUGUAAUUUGUGUCGCUGUUCUCAUCUCAGUGAAGAGUUCAUAACAGCAGUUAACACAGCCUUGCUCAGUAAGAAUUUGGUGAUGGAGGAUGUUGCCGUGAUGGCUCUGUGGUGUUACAGUCUGUCCAGCUUGGAGCAGGCAGUUCUGCUCCUGCUUGAGUGUGUUCUUUCUGACCCAAAAGCGAUGCAGAAUCUGGAGACAGUUGUCAAUGACUCUUUACUGCCUAAAGCAUCAGCGCUGCACUGCCACAUCUUUCUCAUAGUAAAUGAUGUUUUCAGAAAUGCUCUAAUAGCAAUGGAAGAAAAUUUCGCAAUGAGAGGUCUGUUACAAGUUUUCACUCGAUGUUUUCUUCAGACUCGUGCUGCCCAGAGGCCACAGGAAAGACUACCACUAAGAUCCUUUUUUCCUCAUGUACCUCACAACCUGCUCACACCGUUAUUGACGGCACCAUCAGAUGUGCCAAAGCAUGCGUGGCUAGAGCACCUGAGCUGGAUUGGGAAGUUACUAGAGAAAUUCCUUCAAGAGAGAAUCCAGGAGGAGGACAGCGGAAGGGGGCACAGGGCUGUGUUCGAGGUCUGGUUCUUGCUUGUCCAGUGUGGUCAUUGGAUAGAUGUAGCUGCUAAGCUGCUGGUCUCAGUAGGAGUUGAGCAAUCAGAGCCUCUGUUCUUCCUCUUGACAUUCUACCACCACCCCACCAACAGAGGGCACCAGAGCACUCAGGACAAUAUGGUGGCAAGGCAGGCAUGGAGUGAUUUGAGGAGCCUCUUCCUAGCCCCCACUGUGUCUGCUGUGAACGAACUGCUCUGCACAAUGUCAGCAAACCUUGUUCUCAGUCUUCUGCUUAACUUUGCUGUAUUUUCUCCAGCAUCACCCAGCAGGGUGACAGAUGUUAUAGAGACGGUGCUGACUGAUGCUGGUGUGAGGCGCAGUGCCAUGUGUAUGCUCUUCUCUAUGCGUCAGAGAUUAAAAGGAGAUGGUGCAGUGAAUGCCAGGCUCAGGAUGCUUGAGGACAGACUCCACACAGCAUAGUGCCUCAGGCUGCACAUGAACACAUGGACUUGCCCAAACGCUGGCAUGUGGUAAGCUGUUUAUUAGGACAAGGAUUCCUGGCAUGGUCUGGUUCCACACUGAAAGCCUGGGCUGUUGAAAAUGACAUUUAUACGCUGAGCACAGCUGCUGGCUUUAUUUUGAAAGCCAGGGACAAUAUGUGAUGACGCAUCAGGCCAAUUAAAAGGAACAGAUACACGUAUACAUAAGGAAAUCAUUGUUGGUUUUUUGUUGUUUUUUUUUUGUUUUUAAAGUCCUCAAUUCAGGGAAAUGUACAAUUUUAAAUAUGCAUUUUUUGUCAAUUAUAUUUGGAAGCCAUGCUUCUGUUGUGUAGCUAAAUGUGCUUUGUUUUUGCUGUUGAAGUCAGGAGACAUUUAGACAAACCUACCAUCGAGUUUCUCUGCGAUGAGGGAGCUUACAGGAUCUGAAUCACAUCCUUCUCCAUGUCUGUUGCAGGAAAUGUUCUGAUUGAAUUUGUUUUCUAAUCCAAUCAAAUAACAUGUAUUAUUUUAUGAACAUAUGUUGACUGACAACGCUGAUCUUGCACAUGAACUCAGGACACACCUUGUCUUAAAUAAUAUCACUGAUGUUGUUGUUGUUGUUGUUGUUGUUGUUGUUAUUAUUAUUAUUAUUAUUAUUAUUAUUAUUAUAUGUUGUUGUUUUUUUUUGCAUGACUUAAAAACAGAAGCUAGCUGAGUGCAGGCUAGGUUACUAAAAGCAUGUCAGUAUCUGAUACCAGCUAAUACCCAGAGCUUUGAUAUUGGUUAGUAUUGUAUCAAAAAAAAUGAUAGGCAACCAGCUGAAGAUGGUACACUCAGUGACCCACAACAGUAAUUUUCCUGAAAAAUAAUAUGGCAUUAUGCACUACGGACAUACGUGAGACAUACGUUUCCCAGCUGGCCUCAGUCUCUCAGCAUAGCCUCUUCCUCUAUUCUUUUGCUCUGUUCUGGUCUUUCUCAAAACUACCACUAAGUAUACUAACUCCAGCCUGAUACUAUAGUGUUCUACUGCACUAAAAACCAAAGCUAAACCUAAAUAAGAACUACACUGCUGUUCCACAAGGCCAGUAUACUAAGGACAGGUUCUGAUCAUAUAAAAAGUGUUGGAGAACAGCUUUCAUUUUAUUUCCAAAAUCCAUAAAACAAUGUAAACAUUUUUUCUUAAACAAUCAAACAAACAAACAAAAAA